AUGACUGAGCGUUGAACCAUGGAACCAUGCAUGGAACAAUAGCGUAUUACAUGGACCAACUUGGAACAUUGUCCAUGGUUACUCACACGUUACGUCCUCUUUUGUAAACAUUUCACCUAUGUCUAUACUGAUGAUAAAAUAAAUGUUUCUUACAUCAUGUUUGUACUCUAGAUGAAAUAUGCGUCCGGGUUUUGGUCAAAAUUUACACGAAAUACGAUGCCGUUUCGGUAUGGUGGUAUGAAUGACAUGUAUGACAAAAUGGGUGCAUGUACUUUGCACCUGCUGGGGCAGAGAUUUUAGGUACAGGUCUUGCCUAAAAACAAGCCUAAAAGAAUACGAUUCCCCAUCUUGGAAGUGUUAGUGAGGUCAGUGCCGGUACAGCGACCCAUACCGGUAGCAGCUGACAAUACAUUGAAAUACGUCUACGAAAACAGGGUUUGUGACCUAUAACCGCCGGAUUAGAAUUAAAGUUCUGCAGAACAGAAUGGCAGCAGCGGGGAAAGGGGCGAAAGCUUUGGAAACAAUUUUGAAAAUCAUGACUCAGAAUGGUGGUUUUGAUCGGGUGUUACAGGGUUUCAAGGUUUUAGAAGGAGGGGCAGGAGCUUGUGUUGCAGAGAUUGAGGUUGGGAAAGAACACCUUAAUAAAGGUGGCUCCCUUCAUGGUGGAUUUACAGCAACUGCUGUGGAUGUGAUUUCUACGUGUGCAUUAAUGACUCAGGGUGAUGGUGUUCCUGGGGUAUCAGUGGAUCUGCAUGUGACAUACCUGAAAGCUGCUCGUCCUGGUGACAAAGUAAUUUUUGAUGCAACUACAAUUAAAGCUGGGAAGACAUUAGCAUUCCUAAAGGUGGAUGUUAAAGACAAAUUAAAUGGGGACAUUAUAGCAAGAGGAAGUCAUACAAAAUAUAUUGGCAGAAAAUGAAAAAUAAAUAGUUUAAUUUUGUGAUAGAAACAAUAACAGCUAUUUUUUGUAUCCUCAAAGUGAACAUUAUAGUGUACUAUUGCAAAUUAUUGUUAGAAAAUAAAAAAUAUUUAAUUGGAUAAA